AUGGCUCAAGAUUAUCUUAAAGUAGAAGGAAUGGAUGAUAUGGAGCUAAUUGGUGAAAAGUAUUUUGAAAACUUAAGGGUGCACUCUUUCUUAGAAGAUAUUGAAAGAAGUGAGAGUGAUGGUAGCAUAACACGUUAUAAGAUGCACAAUAUAGUGCAUGAUUUUGCUCGAUCGCUUACUAAUAAUGAAUGUUUUAUUGUAGACGCUGAGCAUUCUGUAAAAUACCGCUCGAGGUUUGUUCAUAAAAAGGCUCAACAUUUGAUGAUAUUAGGGAACUCAAUUCCUAACUCUAGCUAUAGUAAGAAAAAAUUGCAUAGCCUUAUAGUUGAUAGUGAAUUUGAGUUUAAAGUGUCAAAAUUGUUUGGCCAGUUGACUUAUCUAAGGUCAUUAGAUUUGAGUUAUUGUUCAAGUCAAGUUCUUCCUAGAGAAAUCAGGAAAUUGAUACACUUAAGAUAUCUUAAAUUAUCUGAAAAUAGAUAUUUAAAGGAAUUGCCUGAUGAGUUGUGUGAAUUGUAUAAUUUGCAAACCUUAGAUCUUACUAAAUGUUUGAGUCUACAAAAACUUCCAAAAAAGAUAGGGCGGUUAAUCAACUUGAGGUAUUUGAAAAAUGUUAAGACUUAUUCAUUAAGUUACAUGCCAAAAGGAAUGGAGAGGUUGACUUGUCUUAGAGAAUUAAGUGAAUUCGUUAGAAGUACUGGUGGUAGAGGUCAUGAUACUCUUGAAUGUUUGGGAAACAUGGUCCACCUUAAAGGUUCUCUUGUUUUAAGGAGGUUGGGAAAUGUGGUUAGUGCCGAAGAAGCUGAGAAAGCAAAACUCAAUGUUAAGAAAAACCUUACUGAUUUGAGUUUGUCAUUCUAUAAGCUGGAAUCUAUAGGAGAGAGGAAGAGUGAGCAUGACAACAUAGUUCUUGAUGCCUUACAACCACCUUUGAAUUUAGAGAAAUUAAGGAUAGAUGAGUUUGAUUGCAAAUCUAUGUUCCCCCCCUGGUUGAUGUCAUUGGCCAAACUGAAAAUGUUAACUCUCCAUAGUUGCAUGAACCUGGAGCGAUUUCCUGAUCCUUUGGGAAAAUUACCAUCCCUUGAGUCACUCAACAUUAGAUACAAUAACGGCUUAAAAAGUCUCACCAUUAAGUAUAUGGAAGACAGGGAAGAGUUGAAUUUAGGAGUGCAAAGUAAUAACACAUCAAUGGUUAUCUUUCCCAAACUGAAAUAUCUCACCAUUAAGCACAUGGAAGAAUGGGAAGAUUGGAUAUAUGAGAUUAUUGAGAAGAGUUUAAAUAAAGUUAUAAUUAUGCCAGUCCUUUGUUCGUUGGAACUUGUUUCAUGCCCAAAAUUGAAGAAAUUGCCUGACGACCUUCCGUAUAAUCCAACAUUGGAGAAAUUGACUAUCAAUCAUUGCUCUGUUAAUAAAUUAGGGAUAUUUUCGUGUGAAACUACCAAUACAUUCUCCAAAUUAAAGGUUCUAUCUCUUGGUGGUUGCAUGGAUUGUGAGUGUUUGCCUCCUUUAGGAAAACUACCAUCACUUGAAUCACUCUUUAUAAAAUAUAUGGAGAGUGUGGGAAAUGUUGGUCAUGACUUUUUGGGAAUAAAAAGUGCUGGCACUAGCAUUGGCACUGUCUUCCCCAAAUUACAAACUCUUGAGUUUGAGGAUAUGACAGAAUGGAAAAAUUGGGUUAUUCCAAAGGAAGAUGGAGUUAUCUUGCCAUGUCUUCGCUCGUUAACAAUUAAAUUAUGCGACAAAUUAAAGCUACUGCCGGAACGCCUUUUUCAACUUAAAACACUGGAGGCAUUGAACAUAUAUAACUGCCGUGUUCUAAGACAACGUUUCAAAAAGAACAAAGGAGAUGACUGGCCCAAAAUCUCUCGUAUGACUACUUUCAAGAUUGAAUAG